AAAGAACCCUGAAAAGGAAGAAGAAGAAUAAGAGGAAGCUCUGUGAUUGGUUUAACGUCGCUAAAGUCAACAUUGGGCACGUUCAGAUCCAUGUUACAGCGUCGGUGCUAAAAGAUAAAGUAGGUAUUAAAAACCAGUUCAGAGACGUGGUGCUGCUGCUGGAUGGUCGGGUGUAGGUAGGUCCCUCCCUGUAGGAGCUCGAGCCGAGCAGUCCGAGGCGCUGGGGCUGUUUUUGUCGUCAUGACUUCGUUGGUUCAGCGGAGCUCGGGCCUCGUGCAGAGGAGAACCGAAGCCUCGCGCACCGCCGCCGAUAAAGACGGUGUGUGCGCGCGCGAGGAGCAGGAGUCCCGGCGAGGAGAGCAGCAGGAGGAGGCCGGAGACUCCAAGGAGACGCGCCUCACCCUGAUGGAGGAAGUGCUGCUGCUGGGUUUGAAGGACCGGGAGGGCUACACGUCUUUCUGGAAUGAUUGCAUUUCUUCUGGGUUGCGAGGGUGCAUGUUGAUCGAGCUGGCCCUGCGAGGACGCCUGCAGCUGGAGACCUGUGGAAUGAGGAGAAGAGGUCUGCUGUCCAGGAAGGUGAUUUGUAAAUCUGAUGCUCCAACUGGUGAUGUUCUUUUGGAUGAAGCCCUGAAACACAUCAAAGAUACACAACCACAGGAGACUGUACAAAGCUGGAUUGAGCUUCUCAGUGGUGAGACAUGGAACCCGUUGAAGCUUCAUUAUCAACUUCGCAACGUUCGUGAGCGGCUCGCAAAGAACCUGGUGGAGAAAGGCGUUCUUACGACAGAGAAGCAGAAUUUCCUGCUGUUUGACAUGACCACGCACCCUCUCACCAACAACACCAUCAAGCAGCGCCUCAUCAAGAAAGUGCAGGAGGCUGUGCUGGAUAAGUGGGUCAAUGACCCUCAUCGAAUGGACAAGCGUUUACUUGCACUCAUCUUCUUAGCCCAUUCCUCUGAUGUCCUGGAAAAUGCCUUUGCCCCGCUGUUAGAUGAUCAGUACGACCUGGCCAUGAAGCGAGUCCGGCAGCUGCUAGAACUGGAGCCUGAGGGCGAAAGCAUGAAGGCCAACGCCAACGAGCUGCUGUGGGCCGUGGUUGCUGCUUUCACCAAAUGAGGCUCGCUGAGCCAAAACUGCAUUUGAGUGGCAUUUGAGUCGAGACCUCACCAUGGUUCAGCUCUGCCUGGAAUAUCCUUCUACUUUUUAAUUCCUCUCUAUUUUGUCCUGUAGGUGAUGUUUUUCAUACUUUGUGGUUCCUUUUCUUCCAUAUACCAAUUAUUAUUUUUUAACUGUAAAGAAUGAAAGUUGUACUUGAGUGAACCAGAGUCCUGACAAAUCAUAACUGUUUCCUUUCUGUGGUUUUUCUUUUAAACCCUGUUUCCUGAAGGUAUGAAUAGUUUACUCAAAGUAGGUAUCUUGUGCAGCUCAGAAUGCAUUCCUGGUAAAAUAAAAAUUAUUUGGGGGGCUUCCCAAACAAUUUUU